CCAGGACCCCGCAUUCACUAUAUCUGUUCUCCCACAGUACACACAACAUGGAAAUGCAAUUCUUUUAGAAAAUAUAAACUGAAAAAUACCUUUUCUCAUCAGCAGUUAGAGCAGCCUUGUGACUUCCAUCAGUGUCCAGCCGAGCACUGGGUAAAGCUUGUAGGAGGAGUUUUCAUUCUCCUCUCACUGUCCUAUGAGACUGCACUGCCCUAUCAGAACUGUCUGGACAGUGCUGAUUGGCCCUGUGCUGAUCACAUGCACUCUCCCCAGAAAAAAAAAAAAACCCCUCUCUAGCAAUACACACCAAACUGAGAAU